GUCCUUUGGUAACAAAGUUGUGCAGACAAGCCUUAACCAACGCCCCUCUUCCCUUCUCUUCCUCAGGCCACGAAUCCAAUGGCGUGGACAAUGCAUCGCUGAUCAUCCUCAUCCUCACAAUUAGACUCUUCAUCAACCCCUUAUCUCUUUCAUUUACAUACAGUUCCAACAUUGAGCUUAAUUAUUUUCGUGUACCAUAUCAAAUCCUGUAUCCAAACUUAAUUACAUAACAUGGGUGUGUGCAGUGCUCUGAAGCUGACAUUAGGAGGCCCGCUUACUCUUAGUAGCCAUAGAACACCAUAUGUGUGCUUACAUGCGCAACCAAGUUGAAAUUUUUAGCCCCAGUUUGGAGACAGAUCGAGCAGGGACGGUAUGGCCAUGGCCGCAUGCUGCUUUCCUUCUUAUUUCAAGCUUAUAAUAAGCAGUACUAGGACUGUGGUCAAGUUGUCCUGUUCGACCCCAACAAAUAGUGGAUUACUAAUUCUAUAAACACUUCGAGUUUCUUUUCAUGGAUCCCAUAUCUCUUUGUCCAUCAAGAUCAUCCCUCUUCUUCUGACAGCUGCUGCCUUGCUAACAUCAGUAUAGAUUUAGCAUAGCAGGUAGCAGCCCACAAGCCUUCUUCUUAAGUUUAGACCAUAAUGUCGUCCAGAAGCUCGCGUUCUAGGCGCUCAUCUGUGCCUUCUAGCAACAUUUCUGAUGAACAAAUUGCUGAUUUGAUCUCCAAGUUACAGCAACUCAUCCCUGAGAUUCGCAAUGCCCGUUCCUCCUCCAGGGUAUCAGCUUCAAAGGUUCUUCAAGAGACCUGCAACUACAUAAGAAGCUUACAAAGAGAGGUGAGCGACUUAAGCGACCGAUUAUCAGAGCUGUUGCUAUCAACUGACCCUGAAAGUGCUCAGGCUGCCAUUAUUAGAAGCUUACUCAUGUAAUAAUGAAUGAUCUAUUAUCUCUAUCAUUCUUCUUCUUCUUCU